AUGCUUGAUGAUGCCACUUCAGCGGAUGUACCGGGUGCGGAUGGUAUGGAAAGCCAUUCCUUGAGUAAUGGAGGUUGCCCCGAAGUGGUAACCAAUGAUAAAUUGAGCAGUGUGGCAUCUGCAGUUGCGCAGUCCACGGUUCCUGCUUGGGUGAAUAUCGUGAUCAUCGCAUCUCUGAUAUUCGGAGGGUGUUGCUCAAAUGUGUUUUCCCUAGAGGCUCUAAUAAAAGAUGACCCUAACUCCGGGACACUUAUUACAUUUGCGCAAUUUGUAAUAAUAGCCACUCUUACCUUCCCAACUAUUGUUUCCCCCGCGGCCGGAGUCAAAUCUCUCUUCAUCUCCAAGCCUGCCAUCCCAUUAAAGUCAUGGGCGAUAUACACUGCAUUUUUCAUGUCGGUAAACCUACUCAACAAUGCCGCCUUUAUAUUCGAAAUUUCGGUACCUCUACAUAUCAUUAUUCGAAGCGGGGGCCCUGUUGCCUCAAUGAUUGUAGGGUAUUUGUACAACUCUAAGACAUAUACUCGCAUGCAAAUUGUCUCAGUUGCCAUUCUUUCAAUCGGGGUGGUCGCGGCAGCUUUUGCCGAUGCAAGCGCGAAAGGAAAACCUUUGGAUCUUGGAUUGACCCCCGGCGAGGGAUCUUCCUCUCCAGUCCUGACUCUAACCGGGUUUACGAUGCUUGGCUUAGCUAUGGUUCUCGCUGCAUUUCAGGGCGUAUAUGCUGAUCGCCUAUAUCAGAAAUACGGCCGCGAUAAUUGGCGGGAAGGCUUGUUCUACUCACACGCUCUGUCGAUACCAUUCCUACUUCCCUCGUAUCCGCAGUUACUGCCACAGUUAAAAUCCUUAUUGGCGUCUCCGUCUGUCACCAGCUUCAUCCAAGCUACUUCUGCAACCACGUCUACUCCUCCGGGAAAUACGACGCAGUUUAUCACCUCGGUAUUACCGCUUAUACACUUUCUCACGAACCACCCGUCAAUACACCCAAUCCUCUCAAUGAUCCCCAUCAAAAUCGCCUACCUCCUCCUGAAUGCGUUGACACAGUACAUCUGUAUCAGAGGCGUCUACCUCCUAUUGGCAAAAACCUCUUCACUAACCGUGGUUAUUGUGCUGAACAUUCGCAAAUUAGUUUCGCUGAUUCUCUCCGUUUAUCUUUUUGGGAACGUCCUAACCAUGGGCGUUCUUGCUGGCGCCACUAUGGUGUUUUUGGGAGGCGGGAUAUAUGCCAAUGAAGGGGCAAGACUAAAGAGGCAGCAACAAGUAAAGGAUAAAAAGGCAUAA